GCUGGCCAGCCGACUCUCUCUCAGGAGGUGUCCUCUGCCGCCAUUGUGCCGUGCUGGUCCCUUCAGAGGGUACCCGCUGCGGUCAGUGCUUUGGGCCCUCCCCCUCGCUUCUCGCUCUCCUGCCCGGGGAGCCCGGCAGGUCCGGGACUCCCGUCCGUGCCGGUGCGGGCGCCGGCAUGUGGCUGUGGGAGGACCAGGGGGGCCUCUUGGCCGCCUUCUCCUUCCUGCUGGUGGUGCUGCUGCCGGUGACGCGGAGACCGGUCAGUGCCUGCCUCCUCACUGUCACCCUCUUCGUCCUGCUGCGCGUCUUCAGCUUUGAGCCGGUGCCCUCCGGCAGGGCCCUGCAGGUGCUCAAGCCCCAGGACCGCAUUUCUGCCAUUGCCCACCGCGGCGGCAGCCACGACGCGCCCGAGAACACGCUGGCGGCCAUUCGGCAGGCAGCUAAGAAUGGAGCAACAGGCGUGGAGCUGGACAUUGAGUUUACUUCUGACGGGAUUCCUGUCUUAAUGCACGAUAACACAGUAGAUAGGACGACAGAUGGGACUGGUCGAUUGUGUGAUUUGACAUUUGAACAAAUUAGGAAGCUGAAUCCUGCAGCAAACCACAGACUCAGGAAUGAUUUCCCCAAUGAAAAGAUCCCUACCUUGAGGGAAGCCGUUGCAGAGUGCCUAAACCAUAACCUCACAAUCUUCUUUGAUGUCAAAGGCCAUGCAAACAAGGCUACUGAGGCUCUAAAGAACAUGUAUAUGGAAUUUCCCCAACUAUACAAUAGUAGUGUUGUCUCUUCUUUCUUGCCAGAAGUUAUCUAUAAGAUGAGACAAACAGAUCGGGAUGUAGUAACAGCAUUGACCCAUAGACCUUGGAGCCUCAGCCAUACAGGAGAUGGGAAGCCACGCUAUGAUGCCCUCUGGAAGCAUUUCAUAUUUGUGAUCAUGGACGUUUUGCUUGACUGGAGCAUGCAUAAUAUCUUGUGGUACCUGUGUGGAAUUUCAGCUUUCCUCAUGCAAAAGGAUUUUAUAUCCCCGGCCUACUUGAAGAAGUGGACAGCUAAAGGAAUCCAGGUUGUUGGUUGGACUGUUAAUACUUUUGAUGAAAAGAGUUACUACGAAUCCCAUCUUGGUUGCAGCUACAUCACUGACAGCAUGGUGGAAGACUGUGAACCUCACUUCUAGACUUUUACCCUGGGAUGAAAUGGGUUCAGAAACUGCCAGGGGCCUCUUACAGGGAUAUCAAAAUACCCUUUGUGCUAGCACGGAGCCUGGGGGAUCAGGUGACUCACACAGAUGCAAUAGUUGGUCAUUGCAUUUUUACCUGAACCAAAGCAAAACCCAGUGUUGCCACCAUGCUCCAUGGAAUGCCAGAGUUCAAUACUGUUGCUCUUGAAAAUCUGGGUUUGAAAUAAGGCACAACAGCUUCUGCCCUGCCCCGCCCUGCCCUAGCUGAGGCACACAGGGAGACUUAGUGAAGAUAAGCACAGAUUGAGUUGUACAAUUGGGAAUGCAGAUGUAAAUGCAUGAGACAUGCUUGAUAACUCAGAGUUGACAUUUUUAAACUUGCCACACUGACUUCAAGUAUUUGUAUUCAGCUAUGUUAACAUGUACUGUAGACAUCAAACUUGUGGCCAUACUAAUAAAAUCAUUAAAAGGAACACUAAAGGAAAA